GCUAAUAGAUUACAGAAGGCCCAAUAUCAGACGGGAGUCCGAUAAUUUUGCGAACCUCAACGGAGAUUAACAUUUUCAGAUGAAUCGUUUUCCCGAUAAGAAUUCACCGGAAAAUGAAACCCUUAGUUGCAUCCAAUCGGGUUCCUGCAAAGAGGGGCAAGCUAGAAACUUAAUAGUAGAGCCAGUAGUGAUUGGGGGAAUGGUGUUGGAUGUAAAUGCCACAUCUUCCAUGCCUGCUAAUCCAGGGACCUCUACUCCUGGAAAGGUUAUCUUUUCAUUGGGUGGUGUGGCAAGGAAUGUUGCUGAUUGCAUCUCAAAGCUUGAAGCAAGACCAUUCAUGAUAAGCGCCGUUGGAUUUGACAUGGCAGGAAAUUUGCUACUGGGACAUUGGGAAUCUGCUGGAUUAUCCACAGAAGGUAUUCAGAGAAAUCGCAAUAUUGAGACUGCUGUUGUUUGCUAUAUCUUUGAUGAGAAAGGUGAAGUGGCAGCUGGCGUAGCUAGGGUAGAAUCAAUUGAAAAGUUUCUCACACCAAGGUGGAUUGAAAAGUUCAAGUGCAAAAUAAGUUCUGCUCCAAUAUUGAUGGUGGAUGCAAAUUUGACUUCUUCUUCUCUUGAAGCAUCUUGUCAAAUGGCUGCUCAGUUUAAUACUCCAGUCUGGUUUGAGCCUGUAUCAGUCGCCAAAUCUAGAAGAGUUGCUUCAGUUGUCCAGUAUAUAAGUUUUGCAUCACCUAAUGAAGAUGAACUUAUUGCCAUGGCAAAUGCCAUAUCUGGCAGAGACAUAUUUCAUCCAAUUCGGAAAGAUCAUGGUACUAUAAAGCUGUCCACGGAAUGUUUGUUCCAAAUGCUUAAACCUGCAAUAUGGCUUUUGCUAGACAAAGGUGUUAAGGUAGUUGUUGUAACGCUUGGAUCACAUGGGGUAUUCUUAUGCUCCAAUGCAAAGUCCAAUCUUGAGAAACUUGCUUUCAAGGAAAACCAACCUCCUCACUUCAGUAAACAGUUAUAUGAAGUUGUUAAUACAGUUUGCCCAAGGAAUCAGUUUUUUGGGGCUUCAAAGUGUGGGCCGAUCUCAAAUCUUGUUGCUGUCCAUUUUCCUGCACUUUCUGCAUCAGUAGUGAGGCUUACAGGUGCUGGAGAUUGCUUAGUUGGUGGGACGAUAGCUUCGUUGUGUGCUGGUUUGGAUGUCAUGCAAAGUGUAGCAGUUGGGAUUGCAGCUGCUAAAGUUGCUGUUGAAGUAGAAAGCAAUGUCCCUGCAGAGUAUUGUUUGGCCAGACUAGCAGAUGAUGCAAGGUCUGUCUACUCUGGUGCCACGAUGCUUCUGUGUCAGUCCAAGUUGUAGUUCACUGAAGUUUGUGAAUUCCAUUGUUGUAAUCUUAUCACAUGUUGAUGCUGUAAUCUGAAUGAAAUAACAAAUCUUUGGAUUUGUGCCCUCAUCUUUUUCUCCCCCUGGAUUACUUUGAAUUUACUCAAUUAAAGCAGAUCAAACAUUCCAAUGUUUCAAGAGCAGCGAUGCUUAUUUCAAAGAAAAGCCAAUGUACAACUAUUUUAAUUCUUUA